AUGUCUUAUCAACCUCCACCAUUAGACCCUAUAUCUUUAAAGGGCUAUAAACUAAAGACUAAAAACCACUUGAUGAGCCAGGAGUUGGCUGAAGAACUUCGUAAUAUGUUGACCCCAAGAUUACAGCUUUAUUCAGAAUGGCAAUUGGUUUAUUCACUCGAACAAAAUGGCUCAUCCUUAAAUACUCUAUACAACAACUGUGAACCAGGUUACAACUACAAUAAAAAGGGAAACUUCUAUCAUGAUCCCUUGAAAAAUGACGAUAAUGAUGAGGAAGAUUUUGGCUAUCUUGGUCAUUCUUAUAUCUCUUCAAAUUACAAGUCUCACCACAAGAAAAAUCUUGGUUUCAUCUUGGUUAUCAAAGAUCAAAAAGGAAAUUUAUUUGGUUGCUUUUCAAAUGAACAUUUCCAUCUAAGUGAUAUUACAAAAAGAUUUUAUGGUAAUGGGGAAUGCUUUUUAUGGAAAUCUAAACUAGUCAAAUCUGUCAAUUUAGUUCAAUCAAAUGAUCCUCAUCAAUCGUCCAAUAAAAACAAUAAUUAUAAUCAUAAUCCAAUUCAACAAUUUUCAGAAGAUAAAAGAAAUUCCGUAAUUAGUUUUGAUGAUGAUAAAGAUGUUCACACCAAUAACAAUAACAAUAACAAUAAUAACCAUUCACCAGAAAAACACCUACAAUUAACAAUUUACCCCUACACAGGUCUUAACGACUUUAUAAUAUACUCAACAAAAGAAUUCUUAGCAAUGGGUGUGUCUGGUGGUCACUAUGGUUUAUGGAUAGAUAAUAAUUUGAUCAAUGGCAUAUCCGAAAAAUCAAUGACUUUUGGUAAUGAACCCUUAAGUGAUGCUAGUGAUAGAUUCAAAAUUUACGGCUUAGAAGUUUGGAAAGUUGGUCCUACUUAA